CGCACAACCUUUACGCAGGAGGGCUGGGUAGACUGGUAGAGGACUCUAUCCCAUCCAUCCACUCUUGCCGCAUAAAUACCAGUACAAGGCUGCAGAAAGGCAGCCCAAUCCAUCACCACGUCUUCCCCUCUCGGCACUCUCCUUUUCUCUUCUCUACCCCUCCAUUUUUCCAGGCGCGCAGCAAGAACUGCCUCCUCCCUCCCACACCACCAAAGCCCGCUUAGCUGCACGGUUUUCCUCGCCCUCACCCUCACCACCACACGAAGCUACGCCAAAAAGAAGAAGAUGGGCCCAAAGAAGGCGGUCGAGGAGAAGAAGCUCCUCUUGGGAAGACCCAAAAACAAUCUUUCCACCGGCAUCGGUAGGUCUUCUGCAGCGGCAGGAGCGACGCAGAAAUGGAUGCUAACGCUGCUCUCCAGUCGGUCUCGCAAAUGUGGGAAAGUCGACGCUCUUUCAAGCCAUCACCAAAUGCUCCCUCGGAAACCCCGCUGUAAGUAGUGCACAGUGCCAUGCCAACGCAUAUCCCGAUUAGGCUAGCUCCAAUCUAAUUUUCUUCUUAAUGCAGAAUUUUCCCUUCGCGACCAUCGAUCCUGAAGAGUCUCGUGUCAUUGUCCCCGACGAGAGAUACGAUUGGCUUUGCGAAAAAUACAAUCCCAAGUCUCGAGUACCAGCACAUCUGACCAUCUACGAUAUCGCCGGCUUAACCAGAGGCGCUUCCAAAGGUGAAGGUCUGGGAAAUGCUUUUCUGUCGCACAUCCGUGCUGUCGAUGCCAUCUUUCAGGUAGUUCGAUGCUUCGAUGAUGCCGAGAUUAUUCACAUCGAGGGUGAUGUCGACCCCGUUCGGGAUUUGACCAUCAUCAGCGAGGAAUUGCGUAUCAAGGAUAUCGAGUUUGUGGAAAAGGCUCUCGAGGCAUCCAAGAAAUUAACCCGCAGAGGUGGCCAGAGUCUGGAGAUGAAAAAACUUCUUGAUGAAGAGGCUUGUAUCGAAAAGGUUCUUGCUUUACUCAAGGAUGGAGGCGACGUCCGAAAGGGUACCUGGUCUACAAAAGAGGUAUGCUCAAACUUUUCUUUCAACCCUCCCACCACCUUUUCAUGAUGACAAAGGGCCAUGAGGCCUGAAUAAUCCCAGCUCGUCGAGCUACCUCACAUAUAAACGCAGAGGUAGCAUGAGAGAAGAAACCCGAUCUGAACCACACCAAUCUAUUUACACAAUUAUGAAUCAUUGCCUAUACAGCUUGCUGACCAUAUCAAAUAGAUUGAGUACAUUAAUCCCCUCUUCCUCUUGACCGCCAAACCAGUCGUCUACCUCAUCAACUUGAGCGAGAAAGAUUACAUUCGAAAGAAGAACAAGCAUCUGCCCAAGGUGAUGGAGUGGAUCAAGGCGAAUGCCGCUGGUGACCCUAUUAUGCCCAUCUCCAUCUGUCUCGAGGAGCGUUUGACGCAAUUUGAGACUGAGGCUGAAGCAAAGGAGGAGUGUAAGAAACUUGGUGUUGAGUCCGCUUUACCAAAGCUCAUCACUACCAUGCGAAAGUCUUUGCACUUGGGAAGUUUCUUCACUACCGGUACCGAUGAAGUCCGACAGUGGACCAUCAGAACUGGCACCAAGGCACCACAAGCUGCCGGCGUCAUCCAUGGUGAUUUUGAAAAGACCUUUAUCCAAUGUAUUGUCUACAACUUCUCGACCUUGAAGGAAUUAGGCGAUGAAGCUGAGAUUAAGGCAAAGGGAAAGGUCAUGACCAAGGGUAAGGACUAUGUGGUUGAGGAUGGUGAUAUCAUAUUGAUCAAGGCUGGUGCUGCCAAGGGUUAAGUAAAAUAAAUCACAAAAGCAUAGCAAAUCAUAUUUCUCGCC